CGUAGUAAGCGUCCUAAGCAUAAUAGCCUCUCUUCAGGUAUGGACUUCAGUGCCUCGGUUGAAAGCGACUGGAAGUGAACGGGGGUGUAAAAUAUCUGAUCUCGAGCCCAUGUGGUUCACUGUGGCAGAGGACGAGGAGGACAGGACAGGACAGCUCCGCCUCCACCUUGUCAGGGAAUUCAUAUGGGAGAAUUACAGCACGUCAGAUCCUGAAAAAACAGAAUAAUCCUUUAACUAAGAUCUCACAUUUACUGAGGCGUUACUCGUGCGCGAUUACAAGAGUGGGCGCACCUUUGCUUUCUAAGGACAUAAAUAAGGAUUUAUUACUCAUGUGUAACUUUUGCACUCAUAUCUCGUGCUGCAGGACACAUUGAAGUCGCGCUGGCAAUUGCCUGACUAUUUUACGCGUGUUUGUGAUUCUGAUCAACUCAGGAAUUUGUUACAAUGGGAUGCUGCGGUAGCACACAGAAACAGCGUGACUGGAAACCCUUAGAGCAGAAGAAGUGCACUGAUAUCCCAUGGCUGAUACUGUUUAUCCUGUUCAAUAUUGGCAUGCUCUUCAUCUGUGGCUUCGCCAUAGCAACAGGGGCCGCCUCCAGACUCAUAUCAGGGUACGAUAGCUAUGGCAACACCUGCGGUCAGAUGAAUGCCAAAAUCCCAGGAAUUGAACUCAGCGGGCAAGACCACAUCUCAAGAAAGUAUGUGUUUUUCUUGGACCCCUGCAACAUCGAUAUAAUGAGAAGAAAGAUUAAAUCCAUUGCUUUGUGUGUGUCAAAAUGCCCAAACGCAGAGCUGAAGUCUUACGAGGAUCUCACAAAGUUUUCAACAACAAAUGGAUCUGAUUUAUGCUCCUAUGAAAUAGCACCAGACAUGUAUUCCUCUCACCCGGCUAGAGCAACAAAAUGUCCAACACUACCUGUCCAUCCAAGUGCCUCAUUACCAGUCUUUCACCGCUGUAUGCCAGUUGAUAUUUCCUGCUAUGCCAAGUUUGCGGAGGCAUUCAUCACUUUCGUCAGCGACAACAGCGUGGUGCACAGGGUCAUCGCCGGGGUGAUGACAUCCAAGGACAUCAUUAUGGGCUUGUGUCUGCUCGCGCUCGUUCUGUCUCUGAUUCUGAUGGUUGUGAUUCGCUACAUAUCAGUCAUUCUGGUCUGGAUUCUUACAGCUGUUGUUGUGGUGGUUGCAACAGGUGGUUGUGGUGUACUGUGGUGGCUGUAUGUGGAUCACAGAAAUUCAGUGAACGCCACUCUGCCUGCUCACGAACUGGAGGUGGCUAAAGACAACCAGCAAGCGCUUCUCAUCUACGCCAUCGGAGCCACUAUCUUCACGUUGAUUCUGCUGCUGCUGAUGUUCUUCAUGAGGAAGCGUGUGGCUCUCACCAUCGCUCUGUUUCAUGUGGCUGGUAAAGUGUUCACUCAUCUUCCUCUGCUGGCCCUGCAGCCCUUCUGGACCUUCCUCACUCUCAUGCUCUUCUGGGUUUACUGGAUCACUGUGCUGCUCUUCCUCGGAACCGCAGGAAGUCCAGUGCAGAAUAACCAGACAGGUCUGGUGGAGUUUCAUAUGGACGGGCCACUGCAGUACAUGGUGUGGUAUCAUGCAGUCGGUCUCAUCUGGAUCAGUGAGUUCAUCCUCGCUUGUCAACAAAUGACUGUAGCUGGAGCUGUCGUCACAUACUACUUCACCAGAGAUAAGUCUCAGUUGCCUUUUACGCCCAUCGUGUCGUCGGCCCUGAGUCUGAUGCGCUAUCAUCUGGGCACUGUAGCUAAAGGAGCCUUCAUCAUCACUCUGGUGGAGAUUCCACGUCUCAUCCUCACAUACAUCCACAACCAGCUAAAAGGAAGCGAAAAUGCCUGCGCUCGCUGCAUGAUAAAAGCGUGUAUCUGCUGUCUGUGGUGUUUGGAGAAGUGCCUCAGUUACCUGAACAUGAAUGCAUAUACGGCAACAGCCAUUAACAGCACCGGCUUCUGCACAUCUGCGCGCGACGCUUUCUUCAUCCUCGCAGAAAACGUUCUACGUGUGGCAACUAUUAACAGCGUUGGGGACUUUGUCCUGUUUUUAGGAAAGAUACUGAUUGUGUCGUGCACAGCGUUUGCUGGUGUGCUUGCGCUGAACUAUCAGCGAGAGUACACUGUCUGGGUGCUGCCUCUCAUCAUAGUGUGUGUGUUCGCCUUCCUGGUGGCCCACUGUUUCCUGUCCAUCUUUGAGAGCGUUGUAGACGUCCUCUUCCUCUGCUUUGCAAUCGACACCAAGUACAACGACGGCAGCCCAGGCAGCGAGUACUACAUGGACAAGGCCCUUAUGGAGUUUGUAGAGAACACCAGGAAAGCAGCAGAGCGGUACACCAAAGCAGAAGGAAACAGUCGGGAAAUGAAAUCUAUGACAGGAAGUUCAUUGGCUUGAUGAAGACCAGCAUAUUACGUCAACUGACACUCCAAAAAAGUGCUAUUGAGAUGCACAAAAGCUUCUCUUCAGGGAUUAUUAUGUGACGGACAUUUGUCAUAAUUACUAAAAGGGAAUUUUUUUUUUUUUAAGUUUUUGGAAACUGUCCACGCAUCCAACUGAGUUGGUUACAGGUGCAGGAAAAAAUACAGAAAACGGGGUAAGGAGAAAAGUAGAUGUCUGCACACUAAUAUUUGUGCUCCUAAAUGUUUAUUCAAAUAGUGUGCAAAGUUUUUUUUUUUACAUUCAUUUUAGUUCAUAAGACAAGAUUCAAUUUUUAUCUGAAAAGUAACUUGUAUACAUUAGAAAUUAGACACUAGCAAUAGCUGCAUUAGUAUUUUAGAUAUUCUGGUUUAAAUAGAAGCAAUAAUUUAAGGGUAUAGUCUGUGAAAUCUAUUUUCAAUUAUCUAAUUAUUUUUAAUUAACUUUUUAUUGGUGCUUUUUGUAUUUUUAUCUUGCGUUUAUAUCUUUGACUUUGACUUUAUUCCAUUGCAGUAGAGUUGUGAUAUACACUCUCUUGUACUGUAUAUGUAAGCAAUAAUAUCAGGAAUUUCAGAUUAUUUGUGAUUCGUACUCUGUACUCGAGUGUCUUAUUUUAAAAUUCUCAAUAUCCUUGAGUAGUUUCUGCUUAUUUGCACUGUUUAUUUUGCGGGAAAGGGGUAUGUUACAAGCCAAUAGAUUAGUUUGAGACUCUUCUAAUUUAACAGCAUAAAAGGGAUUAUCAUUUGCCUUGUGCCAAAUUAACUUUUUAAAGCUACAGUGUGUCAUUCAUGCGCCAAUAGCAGCACUGAAUGUCUUUUUUAUUAUACAUAACCAGAGUAACAAUACAAAAACAGGCAGCAAUAAUAAGCAAUCUGUUGGCUGAACCAGUGGCAUGAGGUUGUACAAUACAAUGUGUGUGUGUGUGUAUAGUGUUUGAAAAUGGUCAUUACUUUUGCAAUUCUGUUAGGUGCCGCUAGUGGCUCAGAAAUUACACACUGCAGCUUCAAACUAGUGCAUUUGUAUGAAAUAUAUACCGUAUGGAAAGGAAACCCAUGGUUUUAACUACACAUUUGAACACACUCAGUUAAAUAAAACCAAAGAGAUGUG